UCCGAUUACUCAAGCUCCAAAACAUGGCGUUGCUUCUAAGGACGGUGGCCCGGCAGGGUCUAUACACAUCACGGUCACAGUUUGGCGGCGUACUCUACAGACAUGCCGUUCCUAUGGGAACCACAGCUAAAGAGGAAAUGAACAAGUAUUGGACAAAAAACACACGACUCAACCGACCUGUCUCACCACAUAUAACCAUCUACGGGUGGUCUAUGCCCAUGAUGAUGUCAAUCUCACACAGAGGAACAGGAGUGGGGCUUAGUGGAGGUAUCUCUGCGUUUGCACUCGCCGCUUUGGUGUUACCAGAGAAUUUUCCAUAUUACCUUGAUCUGAUUCACUCCAUGUCCUUUGGGCCCCAAUUCCUUGCUUUCAGCAAAUUUGCUCUGGCUUUCCCAGUGGCUUUCCACACCUUCAAUGGCAUCCGUCAUCUGAUUUGGGAUGUUGGGAAGGGUUUUAAGAUACCUGAAGUCUAUCGUUCUGGCUAUGUUGUCAUCGCUCUGACUGUUCUCACAUCAGUCGCACUUGCUGCUAUGUAAACCCAUGGAUGUGAGAGACUGUGUGAGAUGUACACAUGAAGAAGAGAAAGCUUUGUUCUUUUGUUUGUCUGCCUUGAUAGGUCCUUAUGGACCAAAUUAAUUAAUAUAAUAAAUUAUGUCAACACAAAAAAACUCUCAUGUUAAAAGCUUUAUGUUUUGUAGUAAACUGAAAAAGUGGAACAGAACAUUUAACAUAUAAUUUGCAAUGAACCUUACAGUAAUAAUGUAAACAUAACUGUAAUUUAGUUUACAUUAUUUCCUUUACAUGUCCUAAAGCAGUUGGCCCAUUUUACUGUCACUGCAGUGUUCUUAACUAUGUUGAGUUGUGCUUGAUUUCAAUUCAAUGUGUUGACGAAAAACAUCACUUUGGGUGGCAAAAGCCAUAAGUAAUAAAAACUCUGGACAACAUCAACUAUGCUGUAAAAAAUAAUUGUUGAGCAAACUUAAAUAAUAAAGGCAUCGUGAUGCAGUAAUUGUCCUCAGUGACGUUGCUUUGU